CUCUUCCUAGCUCUGACUGAAGGUUAUGUUGGCUCUCUGCAUGAAAACAGACAUGGUAGUUCAGUGCAGAUACGGAGGCGAAAGGCUUCGGGGGAUCCUUACUGGGCAUACUCGGGUACCUACGGUCCCGAGCACUGGGUUACUUCCAGCGAGAAGUGCGGAGGAUCUCACCAGUCUCCCAUCGACAUCGUAGACCAUCAGGCCCAUGUUGGAGAUGAGUAUCAAGAACUGCAGCUUGAUGGUUUUGACAAUGAAUCUUCAAACAAGACUUGGAUGAAAAACACAGGAAAAACAGUUGCAUUGUUGCUGAAGGACGAUUAUUUUGUCAGUGGUGCCGGGUUGCCGGGCAGAUUCAAGGCAGAGAAAGUGGAGUUUCACUGGGGUCAAAGCAACGGAUCAGCUGGCUCUGAGCACAGCAUCAAUGGCAAGAGGUUCCCUGUUGAGAUGCAGAUCUACUUCUACAAUCCUGAUGACUUUGACAGUUUUGGAACAGCAGUUCUAGAAAACAGGGUAGUAGGAGCCAUGGCCGUGUUUUUUCAAGUCAGUCAGAGGGACAAUUCAGCACUGGAUCCCAUUAUCCAUGGGUUGAAGGGUGUCGUACAUCACGAGAAGGAGACCUUUCUGGAUCCCUUUGUGCUCAGGGACCUUCUGCCGACAUCGCUGGGGAGUUACUACCGCUACGCAGGUUCUCUGACUACUCCUCCGUGUAGUGAGAUUGUGGAGUGGAUCGUUUUUCGGAAGCCCGUUCCCAUUUCCUACCAUCAGCUGGAGGCGUUCUACUCCAUAUUCACCACCGAACAGCAAGACCAUGUCAAGUCCGUGGAGUACCUGAGGAAUAACUUCCGACCCCAGCAAAACCUGAACAACAGGAAGGUGUCUAAGUCUGCCGUGAAGGAUGCUUGGAGCCAAGAUAUGACAGACAUCUUGGAAAAUCCACUCGGCACAGAAGCUUCCAAAGCUUGCAGCACUCCCCCGGUCAACAUGAAAGUGCAGCCAGUGAAUAGGACAGCGUUACUUGUAACCUGGAACCAACCAGAAACCAUCUACCACCCUCCGAUCAUGAACUACAUGAUCUCAUACAGCUGGACUAAAAAUGAAGACGAAAAGGAGAAGACUUUCACCAAGGACAGUGACAAGGACCUGAAGGCCAUCAUUAGCCAUGUCUCACCUGACAUCCUUUAUCUGUUCAGAGUUCAAGCAGUUUGCCGAAAUGAAAUGCGUAGUGACUUUAGCCAGACUAUGCUCUUUCAAGCUAACACCACUCGAAUUUUCGAGGGGACCAGAAUUGUGAAAACAGGAGUGCCCACAGCAUCUCCUGCCUCCUCAGCUGACAUGGCUCCCAUCAGCUCCGGCUCCUCCACCUGGACCUCCUCGGGGCUCCCCUUCUCCUUCGUGUCCAUGGCCACAGGGAUGGGGCCUUCCUCCAGCGGCAGCCAGGCCACCGUGGCCUCAGUGGUGACCAGCACCUUGCUGGCAGGGCUGGGCUUCAGCGGUGUGGUGGCUGCCACCGAGGCCGCCGCUGCCGCCUCCCCGGGGCCAGAGCGGGACUCAGCACUGACAAAGGACAGCGAGGGAGCCGAGGAGGGGGAGAAGGACGAAAAGAGUGAAAGUGAGGAUGGGGAGCGGGAGCAUGAGGAAGAGGAAGAAAAGGAUGCUGAGAAGAAGGAGAAAAACAGGGCGGCAGCAGCAGCGGAGGCACACAAUAGCACGGAGCCCAGCGUAGCCACAGAUUCCCCCAAUCGGACUGCCGAGGAGGAAGGAAAUAAAACCAUAUCGGGUAAAGAGCCAAACCAAAACUUUGCCCCCACGGCUGGAGGUCCUGAGGAGGAGAGCUUUGAUGAAGCAGACGCUCAGCCCCAGCCGCUCCCUUCCACCCAAGUGCCGCCAGCAUUCACCAACGAACUUUACCUGGGGAAGAUCCCAAGAAGACCAGAGACAACAAGAAAACCUCCUCCAAAGGAGGACAGGUUUCCAGAGGAAUACCCCUCAGAUAACAAAUUCAUCACCAUUAACCCAGCUGACAAGAACAGCUCCAGCAUGGCCACGAGACCUUCUCCUGGUAAAAUGGAAUGGAUCAUCCCGCUUAUUGUGGUCUCAGCACUGACCUUCGUGUGCCUCAUUCUUCUUAUUGCUGUGCUUGUCUACUGGAGAAAGUGUUUUCAGACUGCCCACUUCUAUGUGGAAGACAGCAGUUCCCCCCGUGUGGUCCCCAAUGAAAGUAUUCCCAUUAUACCUAUUCCAG